AUGCAGUUCUACGCAGUUCUUUUGCCAGUCGCGGCUCUCUUAGCUACUACCGCCAGCGCUGCUGACUGCUAUCCGCUACACGGUUCCCACCGUUGUGUCAAUUCUAAUGAUCUUCUAACUAACCGCGAGUAUUUCACUGGUGCCAACGGUCAUCACGGAGUUUUUACCUCAUACAACGUCCCUACUCAACAGGCAUGCUGGGAUAGCCUCCUUGACAUUAUCGACCAGUGCCUUGGACAUAGGAAUGGUGGCACGUACUCCCUGGACGGCUGGAGCAUGGAAAUCAACUUCUGUGCUUGA